AUCGUCGAAGCGAGUGGACGUACACACGCGGGACGGUGAGUGAAUCGUCUAGAGCCCGUGUGCCGUCGCAGUUUUUUUUCCUCUGCCAUUCAAACCGAUCCGUGUUUUGGGCUUCGCUCCAACACACAUCCGCAGCAGUAGCAAGGACAGCGAAGGGGGGAGGAAAGAGUGAGCGAAAACAGAAAAAAAGAGCAACAAACAAGCGUUACAAUUCCGACUCGUGCUCUACUAGCCACAGAGCUCGUUUGGGUCCAGUUAGUGUGCGGCUUUUUCCAGUUCCCAAACUUCACAGUGUUCAGGUGGUGCGGGAAACGUGUUCACUUUUCCAUCGGUGUACAAGCGCGACCUCGGCAGUAAGCAGAUAGACACCGAAAAGGAUACUCCCCACCGCGGUGCCCGUGUGCGCGUGUGCUCCGGCAUCUGUGUGAGAGUGUGUGAGUGUGUGUGAGUGUGCACCGCCAGCUGUCGUCGGCGUUGUUCGCGCGCGUGCCUACUUCCGCCUGUGUGUGUGCGUUUGUGGCUUUGUGUGUGUGUGUGUGUGUGUGUGCGGGGGUAGUUAUUCCUUCUGGUCGCGUGUGCGUUCGUUCGAUUGUGCCCGUCUCUCUGUGCGAUGGUGAAGGGCGUGUGUGUGCGCGCCUACGGGCGUGACGUGUGAAGGGCGGGAAGGUGGGAAGGAGAAAGUGUGUGUAUGAGUGUGUGCGGGCGCGAGAAAGUGCAAAUGCACCAGUGUUUCUAGGACGGCAAACGUUCCGGCUACAAUAAAAAUCGUUUUCUUCAAGCAACCGAUAUACAAUUUGCCCAACACGUGCGCACAACAAGCGCGAAAGCAGGCGAAACUCCACCACCACCCACGCCGAGAGAACGAGAGGUUCAGUGAGAGUGAAAGAAAGCGCGCGGCGAUAUCGAGAACGAGAAGGAUAAAGAGCCAUCCAAUAGUGCUGCCCUAUCAGACGAAUGACGUUCUAACCAUAGACCCGUCAUCAAUGGUAUGACCGAUCCAAUUCGCUUCUCUCUGGGUGGUGCAGCGGCCAUAAUGGACCAUUUCCAUACCGCGCUUGAUCCGCGCAAGCAAGAGCUACUGGAGGCACGAUUCCUCGGCGCACGGAUGUCGGCCGGUACGCAGCUGCAGAUGGCACCACAAACAACAAUAGUACAACAAGUUGGCCAAGUCGACCAAACUGCAUCACACCAUCACCAUACGUCGCAUCAUCUCCAGCAGCAGCAGCAGCAGCAGCAACAGCAACAGCAGCAACAAUCGCAUCAUCAUCAUCAUCCGCAGCACUUUAACAGUGGCAAUCAGCAUCAUCAGCAGCAGCACCAGCAAGUGGGAACGGUGCUGAGCUCGCACCAGCAGCAACAGCAGCAGACGUCGGCUGCCGCCGCGGCAGCGAUUGCCGUUGUCCUGGGCGGUGGCGGCAGCGGUAACGGCGGCGGCGGCGGUGCGGGCGGUGGUGGUGGCGCAGCAGCAGCAGCAGGAGCGGGCAGCAAUAACGGCGGUACGGCGACGGGCAGCAGCAGUGCCAAGAACAGUAGCAGCUCCCUGGUGGACGCGGCCCAGCCGACGACAACCACGACCACGACGACGGCCGGUGUGGCGGUAGCGACAGCCGGCGGCACGACGACGCCCGCCCUACAUCCUCCCAUCCCCGUCGGUAGCGGGCUGCAGCAGCAUCACGCCCAUCACACACACCAUCACCACCACCACCACCAGCAGCAGCAGCAGCAGCAGCAGCAGCAACACCAUCAGAACAACAACAAGGAUCAGGACUCGAACAUGAGCACCGGCUCGUCCCACAGCGAUAAGGAGCAGGACGCGAUCAUGAUGAGUGCGGUGGCGGCCGGGCUGGCCAUCGGGUCGACGCCCCCCUCGGAGAAGGUGUCGCGGGCGGCGUCCGAGCGCAAGCGCAAGCGGAAGGCGCCGGACGACAAUGGCGGCCCGGGCGGAGGCGGCGUCGGGGCGGGAGCGGGAGGCGGAGGUCAUUUUCGUGAUAGUAGAGAUAAUAUAAAGGGUCUGCGGCUGACGCUGCCGCCCCUCAGUGAUAAUAAGAAGAUAAACGAUUAUUUUUCUAAACACCCGGGGAUGCCGGCGGCCGCGUCGUCGCCCCGCGUGUCCAGUAGCACUAAUAGCCCGUUGGUCGGUGGCAUCACCACCACGAUCACCGCGGUCGGCAGCGGGGGCAGUGGUAGCGGUGCCGCCUCGGCCGCCGCCGCUGGCAACACUGCCGCCGGCAACAACAGUAGCGCGUUAGGAGCAAUAUCCAAUAAUUCGCCGCACGUGGAUCCCGGGGGUGGCGGUGGCGGUGGGACGGCCGGCAACACCGCUGGCAGUGGUACCGGCCCUGCCCGCAAAAGCCCCAACCCGCAGUAUCCCAUGUACCCCCCUAGUCCACAGACGACGCCGCUGCUGCCGGUGGGCAGCAAUGGCAACAACAACAACAACAACAACGGUGCCGCGUCGGACCUGUUCACCACCGGCGGCAGCAGUCGAACGCAGCGGCAGCAGCAGGCGGCGGCCAAUGCGGCCGUCUCGUCCGCGCCCUCCUCGCCGUCGGUGGGCAACAACCCGGCCAGUGGCAACAACGCUUCCGUACUAGUUCCUCCAUCCGUCUCGACCGCCAUGUCGGCGGCGGCGGCGGCGGCCGCGGCAGUCGAGGCGGCGAAACAGGCGGCCGCCACCUCCACCCCGUCGGCGACGACGGUCCUGUCGCCCAUCAUAACGCCGCUGGUCAGCACGGCGGUGGUCAGCACGACCGGCACGGCCGGCUCGGGCGUCUCGCUGCAGCAGCAGCAGCAGUACCAGCCGGGGAUCGUGCUCGUGCCCGGCAGCAACAGUACCACCUCGUCGCUCAUGCACCAGAAGCCAACGGCAGCGUCGGCCAGUCAGCAGAAGCAGCAGACCGGCACCGGGCAGCAGCAGCCGGCGUCCGCCGGCUCGACGCAGCAGCGAGAUUCUCAGGCCCAAACGCAGCAGACGGCCGGUGGGGCGACGAACAACCACCAGCUGGCGUGCAGCGCCCCCACGCCGGGGACGGGGACGACGGCGCCGAGCAACUGCAAUGCGGCGGGGGCCGCCGCCGACCACCACCAUCAGCGCGUGACGCUCGUGUCGUGCAACACGAGCAGCAACAGCAGCAGCAACGGGGGUGCCGCCGUCGCCGCGACCGGGUCGACCACCCCCAGCGGCGGCGAGCUGACGAGCAGCGGGAUCGGCAGCACCAACGUGCCGCUGACCACGACCACCGCGGCCACCUCGACGACGAGCAACAACAGCAGCAUCGGGGGAGGGGCCCAGAACAGCAAUUCCAUACUCCAGCUACCGGGCGGUGCGGUAGUCACCACCACCAAGUCAAUUGGGCAGAAGCUGCAGCAGCAUCAGCAAACCACCACCUCCUCCUCCUCCUCCACCAACACGACCGGCGGGCAGCAGAGCGACAGCAGCAGCAACAAUGGCGGCAACUUUGGCAGCGGCAAGUUCGGGCAGCAGCAGCAGCAGCAGCAGCCGGGCGGCGCAUCCGCCUCGACCGGCACGGCCCCGACCACGCCGACCACGCUGAUGCUGACCAAGUUCGUGCAGACCGACCUGACGCAGGCGGACAUUACCGAGCGGGACCACGACUUCGAGAGCAGCCGGACGCGGGUGGACGAGCUGUCCCGGCUGUCGGACGAGCAGAAGUGCCAGCUGAGCGUGCACCAGAAGGCGAUCGAGCAGCACAAGAGCCAGAUCAGCAAGUGCGUCGAGGUGGUGAAGAAGCUGCUCAAGCAGAAGAGCAACAUCGAGAAGAAGGAGGCGCGCCAGAAGUGCAUGCAGAACCGGUUGCGGCUCGGGCAGUUCGUGACGCAGCGGGUUGGCGCCACCUUCCAGGAGAACUGGACGGACGGGUACGCGUUUCAGGAGCUGGCCAAACGCCAGGAGGAGAUCACUGCCGAGCGGGAGGAGAUCGACCGACAGAAGAAGCUGCUGAUGAAGAAGCGGCCCACGAACAGCGAGGGCGGCCGCAAGCGCAACAACUCGUCGGCGACGGGCGGCGGUGCGGGCGGCACUGGCGGGACCGGCGAUCGGGGCGGCACUGGGCCGGGCAGUGCGGGCGUCGGUACCGGCGCGGUCGUGGCGAUGGGCAGCGGCGGCGUGGUGGGCGCGAGCGCGGGCAGCGUCGGCAGCGGGGGCGGCGGGUCGGCGCUGCACAACGGCAACGACAGCACGUUCCUGAAGCCGGACCCGGUCGUCAGCAGCAGCAGCACGUUCACGCUGCAGGAGUACUACGAGUGCGACGAGAUACUGAAGCUGCGCCAGAGCGCGCUGAAGAAGGAGGACGCCGACCUGCAGCUCGAGAUGGAGAAGCUCGAGCGGGAGCGGAAUCUGCACAUCCGCGAGCUGAAGCGGAUACACAACGAGGAUCAGUCACGCUUCAACAAUCACCCGGUGCUGAACGAUCGGUACCUGCUGCUGAUGCUGCUCGGCAAGGGCGGCUUCUCCGAGGUGCACAAAGCGUUCGACCUGAAGGAGCAGCGGUACGUCGCGUGCAAGGUGCACCAGCUCAACAAAGACUGGAAGGAGGACAAGAAGGCGAACUACAUCAAACACGCGCUCCGGGAGUACAACAUCCACAAGGCGCUCGACCAUCCGCGGGUGGUGAAGCUGUACGACGUGUUCGAGAUCGAUGCCAACUCGUUCUGCACCGUGCUGGAGUACUGCGAUGGGCACGAUCUGGACUUUUACCUGAAGCAGCACAAAACCAUCCCGGAAAAGGAGGCACGGUCAAUCAUAAUGCAGGUCGUGUCGGCGCUCAAGUAUCUGAACGAGAUCAAGCCGCCGAUCAUCCAUUACGACCUGAAGCCGGGCAACAUCCUGCUCACCGAGGGCAACGUGUGCGGUGAGAUCAAAAUUACCGACUUCGGUCUGUCGAAGGUGAUGGACGAAGAGAACUAUAACCCGGACCAUGGUAUGGACCUUACGUCACAAGGUGCUGGAACUUAUUGGUAUCUGCCACCGGAGUGCUUCGUGGUCGGCAAGAAUCCGCCGAAAAUCUCGUCCAAGGUGGACGUGUGGAGCGUGGGCGUCAUCUUUUACCAGUGUCUGUACGGCAAGAAGCCGUUCGGGCACAACCAGUCACAGGCGACGAUCCUGGAGGAGAACACGAUCCUCAAGGCGACCGAGGUGCAGUUCGCCAACAAGCCAACCGUGUCGAACGAGGCAAAGAGCUUUAUCCGGGGGUGCCUCGCGUACCGGAAGGAGGACCGGAUGGACGUGUUCGCACUGGCCAAGCACGAGUAUCUGCAGCCGCCGGUGUCGAAGCACAACCGGUCGUCCAAUGCGCAGAAUGCGCACGCCGGCGGCCAAAACAGCAGCAGCGCCGGCACCGGCGCUGGCGGGGGUGGCGGCGGCGGCGGCGGCGGUGGCGGUGGAUCGGGCGGUUCGGGCGGGGCCGGCGGCAAUCAGAUCGGCCAGCAGACGUCCUUUUCCACCGGCAUGUUCGGCAACAUGAACCAGUCCAGCUCGUCUUAG